AUGAACUCAACACCGCAAGGCCCCGCUCGGCCAACUCUUCAGCCUCAACAGUCCCCAGCCGUCGGGCUGUCUACCGCUCAGGUGCCAGUCUUCCACAACUUCAUACCGGACGCGUUAGACUCAAGGAUUCGAGACCUGGAGCAGAACGUCAUUCGUCAAGCUAACUGGCAAGCCCUGUACUUAGAUUGCAAGAACGAGCUCGCCGCUUGCAAGACCAAGAACGAGGAGCUCGAGAAGAAGAUGGACAAGCUUGCUCUCGAGCUUACAACUCACAAGGAGAAUGUCCAUAAGGAUUUCUCUUUUGUCACUUACCACAUGAACGGUGCAAUGCAUCGCCUCGCUCAGGUCGAGGACCGCCUCUCUAAGGCCCAUCAUCAGCUCAAUGAGCGCCUCACGCACACUGUCGAGCAGCAAGCCGCGCAAGCCGACUCCUUUCAAGAUCGCUAUGUCGGCCCACUUUUCGCGGCUCUCCACCAGCUCCUUCCCGGUGGCAUCGUGGCUGGACGCAGCGACGAAACGAUUCAAACCGAUGUCCUCCAGUCAAGCAUCCCCAGAGCGUCUUUGUCGGUCUCAGAAAAGGAUGUCACCGAGAAUCGUGAUACUUCCCUGACGCCGUCCACCGUGCAACAGGUGGAUUCCACUUUGCCGCCACCCCAGCUGCCCGGAAGUACAGCCGACCAAGGCAUGGCGCCAGUUGCUCCCAGCGAAGCUACGGCAGAGCGACCAAAGACAUCCAUGUCAUCGAUGGAUACGGCCCCCGUCGCUCAUCCUGGAAUUGACGCUGUUGGUGUGAAACUGCCUACUGAGCCUCCUUCCAAUCUGCUCAUCCCCGCGCAAGCCGCAGCCGAUUCGGUAGCCACGUCUAAUGCCUCGAGUUCGUCUGAAUUCAAGGCGUCCUCGAGUCGUGAGGUACAGCAGCUGGCUACACCUCAGGCUGUCGAGAGCCCUUGCGCAAUUUCCGCCUCACCGGAGUCCUCCUCGGGGAAGAAAAGGAAGCGAACACCAUCGGUAGAGCACACGAGGACUCAGGUCGCUCGGCGUUCGGCGCAGUCAUCCAUCAAGUCGGCAGGCAUCGCUCCAGAGUCGUCUGGAUCCGUGCCAUCGUUCAAGACUGCGCAAGCAACGAUUCCGGCCCCCCUCUCUGCCUCUUCGGCUACUCAUCAUGUCGAAAUUUCAAACUCCAACGUGGCAGCAAUGGUCGAUUCUGAUGCCGUUCGAUGGAACGAGCGACCAUCAUCGACUCCGAAAGGCCUCGCAACUUCGCAGCAGCAUCUUCUCGGGCACUCCACAGUACCCACAGAGCUGCAAGAGGGGUCGACAAUGGCGCAGUCUGGGCUCGAACCCUCGGAUUCACCUGCUGUACGGAAUUCGUGGACAGUCGCAAAUACCGUUGGUGCCGCGAAAUCUUCAACUCAAGCAUCACUUGUGCCAAACGCGAGAAACUCGUCCGCGCAGAUGCCAUCUAAGGAACGACUCAGCCCGCGUGAAGCUCAGAGGCGGGUGAAAGAGCUGACAGCGCCGCGUUCAGCCUCAAGAGCCGGUAAUACAGCACGUCUCGAUCAAGUCGCCAAAUCUGGUGCUUCCUCUCUGCCAGAGCGGUCUUCGACCGCCGAGUCAAGUGUUGCGAGAGGAGCACCUUCGACGAUGUUGUUGGCAUCUAACGGUAGCCGUAACAGCGCGCCUGCUCAAACACCGGCGAUGUCUGCUUCUCCGCCUCCUCCGCGCCCCUCUACUUCUGCCGGAGGAACAUCCCGACACCCAUCCUCACUGGAGAAAGAUCAAGCUGGCAUGGCAGCGGCUCAUUCUCGUCUCGGUCCUUCCGACGCAUUCAUCGCGCCCAGAAUGUCAACAUGCGAUGUCGGAAUCAACGAGGCGCGCGCAAGCUCGAUCGAGUCGCUCCCGCGCAACGGGACCAGGCAGAGAUCACAGUCACAGGCAUCUCCGCCGUCUAGCCCUGACGUCCCGCUCAGCAGUCGCGCCCCUUCGACCGACGCCUCAUGGCCACGUCCGUCAUCACCAAGACCGCAGGCUAGCACUGCAGCAGUCCCUCCUGAGCCGAGUCCAUCGGACGAAGCCGCUCCAACCACAGGAAUCGCGACUGCUAGGCAGAGCAAGGAGCCAGAUGUGCAUCCUCCAGGCUUGGCUGCAUCAAGUUCCAACUCAGCUUCCGGCGUCGUUGACCCUGCCACGGAAGGCUCUAGGCGGCCUUCAACAGCUAACCGAAGCGUUCUGACAGCAGACCCGCGACGGAAAGCGCUUUUGCCCUCCCAAUCUGCGAAUUUGUCGGGCUUGUCGACGUCGCCGCAGCCAGCAGCGCCAAUCAAGCCAGCGGUACCCCUCAAGCAUGCACUGCCCAGCAAGCCUCUCUUUUCGACAGAUCAGUUGACACGAGCUCAGCCAGAAACCUCAAGAAGUGCAUCCGCCCUCGAAGCGCCGACGGACCCCCCGGUGCAAAACGUCAAAUUAGAGCAAGACGCUGUCGUGCCGUCCUCUGCGCAACAGACGGAGCGGGCCGAGUCAUCGUUGCCUCCCUCGUCCACCUCGAACAGUGGUCAUGGCCGAGACAAUGUUGACAUACGGUCGCAUGUGGAGAGGGAAGUGCGUACAUCUUCAAUCGCGGCCACCAGCAGGACUCCAAUGGGCCCGCCAUCUCGACCAACUUCAGUGAAUGGCCUAAACCGCACUUCGUCAGGACCAAAGCCAGCUUCACAAGCUACCCAAGAGUCGUCACAAGCUUCAUCAGCCCCCCUCGACAAAGAUUUGGCUGCCGUUCAGGUCGAAGCUCGUUCAGAUCUGGAAACGCCAUCUUCGGCAGAAUCGCGUCAGCCACCUCCUCGUGCUGCCGUGGAGAAGCAGCAGACAGGCCGACAUUUUUCGGGAUCCGCAGAUGAUCAGAGGCAAGACGAGAGAUGUUCAGAUCAGAACCGGCAGGUCGAGCAUUAUGCACGCCCCGAUCGGUCUGAAACUCAGACUGUGGCGAGACAGCACCAGUCUCGAGUCGAGCGCUUGGCGUCUACUGAAAAGGUAUGGACAGGGCGUGAAGAUCGGGACACUUUCUACCUCGUGGCUUUUCUAGGUCGCUUGGAUCGUCCGACGGCACUCUUGGUGACAGAGGACUCGCAAAUCACGGACUCGCUGAUCUCCGAAGAUCUCGCAGACGAGUUGCUUCGAGUUGGAGGUGCAAGCAGGCUAGGAACCGACGAGCCUAAUUCCUGGCUUGAGGUGGAUCUCAGCUGGCCCUACAACACCAAUAUGCAACAAAAGCGUUCCGGCGGCAAUAGGCGCUGGUUCCGAGCUCGUCUAUGCCGAUUCCUAAUCGUUCCGAGGGAGUACAUGAAGGUAGGAAUCUGUCUAGGCAGGCGGGGACUAGACGAUCUCAAGCUGAGCAUCGUCUUGGAGCGAGGCCAACGACCGUCUCUGGCUGUUGCGGGGCCAUACGGGCAGGGGUCCAAGCUUCGCGCUCUUCCUGGUUACGAGCUAAAGCAGCCCUCGCUCGGGCCCUUUCGAAGGCUCUGCUACCUUGCCCGCCUUGCGAUCGAACACUCAGACCGGCUUGAAGCAGAGUAUGCGAACGAAAGGGGCAGCUCUGACGUGCGACGCUCCGACAGCGCGCGCAAUUCCCUCUCGGGGAGCAAUGCCUCCCAUUCGCACCUCGAGCCUCUGGCGUGGGGACGCGACACUCUCCAGCCAGAGUCGUCCAUAGAGGCCGAGUCGAGCCUCGAGCGAGACCGUAUCUCGCGUGAGCUCGGCGAGCGACGCGACAGAGAGCACGACGCUCCUCACCUUUCCACCCCUCUGGCAAAUGCAACAUCGCUCAGAGCUUCGACGACCCGAGAUGAAAGCGUUGACAGGAACAGCUCGGAAAUCAUUGCAGAGGGUCGCAAGACGCCAGCUCUGGAUACCGGAUCGCCGCUAACGCCGCUGAGCCAGGCUUCUGAGGAGGAGGAAGAGGAAGAGGAAGAGGAAGACGAGCUGAUGGACGAGACAGACUCAGAGCACAGGUCGGCGCCCGAGACGCUAGAGGAUCUCACCGAGGAUCAGAGACGCGCUAUUAUAGAGCGCACGCAGAGGCUGCUGCAGGACCAGAAAGGGGGCCGCGAACAGGCAGGAUUCUACGGGAAUGCGCCACCCUCCGGGCUGCAGUUGAUGGGCAGCUCACAACGCUUCAGGAACCUCGGCGACGCAACGCAGUGA